AGGAGCAAGAAAAGCCGUGUAUAAAAAGACAUUAAGGAAUGCAGAUCUCCAGAAAGCUAUAAGAACACGAGAGACAAACAUACAGAGUACACUACUCUCCAAUUAACCCUCAUAAUCCACCAAAAUGCAGAUGUCCGAACCCCUCAGCCAGAAGAACUCUCUCUUCACGGCAAUGAACCGCUUCAUCGGCGCCGUCAACAACAUGGAUCAGACGGUCAUGGUGCCGAGCCUGCUGAGAGAUGUGCCGCUGGACCAAGAGAAAGAGGAGCAGAAGCUAACCAACGACCCGGGUAGCUAUCUGCGGGAUGCUGAGGACGACAUGUACAGCUAUUACAGCCAGCUCAAGUCCAUCCGGAACAACAUCGAAUGGGGCGUCAUGCGGGCAGAGGAGCAGAGGCGCAAGAAAGACACUCCUGCGCCGGAGACGGUGCGCACAGAACCGGAGAGCGACAUGGAUCUGGAGCAGCUCCUGCAGUUCCAUCUGAAGGGCUUGCAUGGGGUGCUGUCCAAACUCACAAGCCAAGCUAACAACCUGACAAACCGAUACAAGCAGGAGAUUGGCAUUGCUGGCUGGGGACAGUGAACUGCAUCAUAAGGACACGUCUAUUUGGAUAUGAUGAACUAUUCUGAUCUAAUACGAUCUAUUCUGCGUUUGUGGAAGAGCCAAAAGGAACUGACCGAACAGAAGUUAGCCUAAACUGUCAAAAGUUAAGAUUGCAAGGCAAACCGAGAGGGGGAAAUGAGUUUGUUCUAGUACUGGUUUUGGUGUUGAUCACUGACGUGUUGUAAGGGCUGCUUCCUGUCUUAUGGUAGCCUAUUUGAUUUGCACUGACAGUUUCCCAUUUUUAAAAAAACAAAACAAAAUCUCCGUUCAAAUGGCUGUUUGCCAUGCCUUAUCUUGAUAUUUAAAUCUAUUUAUGUUUUAUGUAUAAUUGAAAGCUUUUAUUUUUUCCAUUCUUCUUCAAAGCUGUUGUCCUGUGAUGUUGCUGUGUGUUCCUGAGGACUGACGACUUUAAGAACUGAACAUAUGAUAGUUUGCUUAUGUGAAAACUCCUUUAGAUGAAGCAGAAACUCUGUAGAAAACCCAUGGGAACAUUUCCUGUUAAUGACCUGAAACUAUCUGUGAAUCAUCCUGGGAAUCAAUGACGUGGACAACUCUGAAAAUCACUGCGAGUGUGUCAUGAAGAGUUUCAUGAGAUUCUGGGUUAAAUGGUGCCUAAAGGCCAUAUGAUUGUUAAAAACAUUUGCUUUGUUUUGUAUUGAAUUGUUUUUUUUUUUUUUUAUAACAAAAUAAACUUUUGUAAUUUGAA